GACGUUGCCCAGAAGAGCACAAUGAAAGGACACAUCAUCUUCUCUGCAGCCUCACUCAUGCUCCUAGCCUUGUAUCUGAAGUUCUCCUUUCCCGGAGGAUGCCCAGACAAGCCGUUCCCGUAUUCCCAACACAGCCGGCAGAUGAGGCGAGAAAUCAUGGAGAGACGCAAAGAUUUGGCAUCUUUCUAUCGAACCCUAUUGGGGAUUACAACUGACCCAGAGGAGGCCGCGGAGGUGGACCUUGAGGUUCCUCAGACACUGACCUGUAAGGAUCUUGCCUAUAUGACAGGGCUGCAGUAUAUCGGAUCAGGUUUUACCAAGGUGGUGGUAAAAGGAACUUUAGUGAAUGGCAAAUCCAUCGCCCUCAAGUCCGUCCAUGGGGAGGGUAACGACGUGAAGCAAUGUGUCCAGCAGUAUGGAGACCACUCUGGAUGCCACCGACUGGCCACCUAUAAACUGCAAAAGGAGAUUGCUCUACUGCAGAUCCUCCGCCACCCAGGGAUAAUCCAGCUACAUGGCCAGUGCUAUGUUAAUGGCGCCCCCUCUGACAUCAGGGUCACAGCGAUGAUGGAACUUGGAUCUCCCCUGGAGAUGAUUCAGCUCCUGCAAACCCCCUGGGAGGAGAGAUUUAAAAUCUGUUGGGAAUUGGUGCAGCUGCUGCAUUAUUUGGCAAAUUCGCCCAUGGGCUCCAUCGCCCUCCUGGAUUUUCAGCCCAGACAGUUUGUCCUGGUGGACGGAAGCCUAAAAGUGACUGACAUGGAUGAUGCCAACGGCGAGGAGCCGCCGUGUAGACAGGAUGCAGACUGUGCGCUCGCCUUCCCCGCCAGGACAUUCACCGUGACCUGCUCCGAGACUGGGAGGUGCACGGGGUCCAACGAGAAGAGGAACCUCUACAAUGCGUACAGAUUUUUCUUCACUUACCUCUUACCUCACGCUGCCCCUCCUGCCCUGCGGCCGCUCCUCGAUGACAUCAUGAACGUGACAGGAGAUUUACACAUCGGGAUAAAUCAGACGCUCGAGGCUUUUGACGACGUAUUAAACCUGUACAAGUCGGGAAUGAGUCAGAGCCAGGAGCAUCACUUACACGACUACACCGUGCUGAGAGGAUUCCGCAUGAAUGACACGGAUGGAGAUUUCCGUUGCUGGCCGUCCUAUAACCACCAGGGAUGUCUGCUGUCUGUGCACAGCGCGGAGGAGGCCGCCGAGUUCUGCAAACGUCGUCCGCAGUGCCGCCACUUUGUCAUUAGUCAGCAGAAGACAUGGACUGGCCGCUAUCUAACUGCAUUCACCAAGAAUUCCCUCCAGUUUGUACCAGAUGAGAAUUACAGUAUCUACGUGAAACGAUCAGGUCAUAGCGACAUGCAGGAGGGAUGAGGCAGGACACCAUACGUCAUGGUCACCAGUGCUACAUGCUCUAUUAUAUCCAGAGCCAGAGGCAAAACUGGACGCUCCUAGGCCCCAAUGCAAAAUCGGUAUCAGGGCCCCCCCACCUGGCAUGGGGUAUUUGUUAUUCCUUUGGGCCCUCUCCAGCACCAGAACCCGGGUGCAACCUCUGCGCCACCUGCAGCUGCACUCCUACCCGGAGCUAAUGUCACUAAUGAGAAAAGAGGGAAACAGAAGUGACUCAACGACAGAUCUGCAAGAGCCGGAUCUAUGGAUGAGGACAAGUCAGAAUACAGACCGAGAGAGGAAAGAGGCGUCUUAUAAACUACAGUGAACUCCCCAAAAUGGAGCCAUUUACUUAUCUGUUAUGUAGAGAUGGCAAAAAGGAAAGUGAACUACAUUAAAGAGAAAUUCCAGUCAGAUAUAUAAUUCUGUACAUAGGAGCAGUAUUAUAGUAGUUAUAUUCUUGUACAUAGGAGGCCGUAGUAUAGUAGUUAUAUUCUUGUA